ACCACAGAGUUGCCUACUAGAAAUUAGUUCUUUAUCUGUAAACUUUGAUGGACCAAUAGGAAUUGAGUAUUUUAUAAACAAUAAAAAUGGCCGCGCGUCAAAUUCUUUGACAGAGAAAACAGUUGAAAUUAAAACUUUGAAACGGGAUUAUUUUAAUUUUUUGAGAAUUUUUGUACAUAUUUGUGGCUUAUUCAAAUAACCUUUCACAUCAAUAAUUUAGUAUUCAGCUUUACAGUGGUAUUAUUUCAAGUUGCUAGAAGAAAUUGAAGAAAAUACGAUACAACGCGUGACAAUGGAAGUGGAUAGUGUAGAAACCUGGAAUAAUCCUCCAGACGGAGGAAAAUUUGCCAAUUUGAAAGCGUUUGUGACUGCUGCUCGUGAGUUUGAGGCAACUCAUAGUGAAUCUGCUGUUAAUAUGAUGAACCGGUACUUGGGUCUCAUCGCCUCAUCAUGUGACCUGACAAUAUUCUCUCCUGGGCGGUCGGAAGUGUGUGCUUUCUUUAGUUCCUUGUGGCGAGUAAUGUGCGAUAGCAGAUGCCCACAUUGGGCUGGUGUGGCUGUGUUGUCUCGUGCUGCAAUAGAGCCGAGCGCUAGACAUGCGUUGACGCACACUUACAAAUUUAUGCCAAUUCUAUCCAGACUGUUAUCAGAUACAAUAUCAAAUGACAAGAAAAUCAAACUUCUGUCAGUAAUGCAGGAAAUAUCAUAUGGCAUUAAAAUAAGCUGGCAGGAGUCAUACUUGUCAAGUUUGAUGAAACAGCUGACGGACUGGAUCACCCAGCCCAUGACGGAGCCUCAGGAACGCACAAUUGGGCACAAAUCGCUCACUGUACUCGUAAAUGUGUGCUACGGAAACUUGCCAGCGAUAUACGCUCUUAUGAGGACUGUGGACACUAAGGAUUUUGUUGUGCAUCUUAUUAGCUUGAAGGACGGUGGUUACGGCGGCGUAGAAGUAUGCAGACUCCUGCUGUGCUUAUCUGGAGCAACGCGUGGCGCGGCCGCGACUCGCCAGCCCGACGUGCAUAGCUAUCUGAACUGCACCAUGCGGACCUUCAAUAAGGCUAUUGUCGAGCAAGACGCAACGCAGCUUCUGCACGCGUACACUUUCAUCAACGAUCUGUGCAGCGAUAGCAACUUGCGCGGCUUCGUGCUUACCUACUCGCACUUCUCGCAAGCCUUGAACGAUGGCGUGAAGGAUGUGGACAGCCUGUGCAAGAUAAACCCAGACGAUGCGCCGGAGCCGGAACAGUUGAUCAACUGCGUCAGAAACGCGCUGAAAUUCCUUACAGUUAUUGUUAGUUUAGAUUUAUAUUCGCUGCGGUGUCACCACAGCCAGCUGGUUUGCCUGUGUAUGAAGGCGAGCCGCAUUUGUUUGCCCGAGGCGUUGGAGCUCUUUGCCGCCAUUAUUUUACAAUACAGAGACGAAGGCCGGGUUCCGCAUGAGCUGAUACUGGUCAUAAGCGACGGGCUCCCAGGCUUGCUGGUGUCGCCGGCCUUGGAGCCUGGCAAAGCGGGCGUGCAGUGGUUGCAAGUAGUGGGAGCGCUGUGCGAAUCAACAGAAACGCAAGAGCGCGUGCUCCAAGAAGUCACUCCAGACAACUUCGAAGAUAUGUUGUAUAGUGUGUUGCAGUAUACGUCACAAAACGGCCAAGUAGGACAGGAGUCAGCCCAGCAAUCGGUAGUGGUGGGCUGCAGAACAGCUUUAGCGCUCGCGCCUUUAUCCAGGGAUUGGGAGGCCGCGCUCAACAGGCUACUGGCCCAUCAUCAGGUCCGCAAACUGCUAUGCGCUGGGCUUACGAGCGGCAACGGCGCCAGGCGGAGACAGAUCCUGCAACUAGUCAAGCAUCACUACUUCCCUUCGGAUCAAAUGAAUCAGGUGUUCGGCGAGAGCCUCCACUGCAUGGGUGACGUCACUCCCUCCGAGGCGUCCCCGCGCCCUGACGGCGACGGCGAGGGAGCGUGGGCCCAGCGCGUGCCGCCCGCGCAGGAACACGCCAUCUCGCAGCUGCUGCACCAGCUCACUGCUGCUCUACACGCGGGCCAGGUGUGUAUACAGCAGCCUGCACGGUGUGUAUACAGCAGCCUGCACGGUGACGUCACCCAGCGCGUGCCGCCCGCGCAGGAACACGCCAUCUCGCAGCUGCUGCACCAGCUCACUGCUGCUCUACACGCGGGCCAGCCAGCGCGUGCCGCCCGCGCAGGAACACGCCAUCUCGCAGCUGCUGCACCAGCUCACUGCUGCUCUACACGCGGGCCAGGUGUGUAUACAGCAGCCUGCACGGUGACGUCACCCAGCGCGUGCCGCCCGCGCAGGAACACGCCAUCUCGCAGCUGCUGCACCAGCUCACUGCUGCUCUACACGCGGGCCAGGUGUGUAUACAGCAGCCUGCACGGUGACGUCACCCAGCGCGUGCCGCCCGCGCAGGAACACGCCAUCUCGCAGCUGCUGCACCAGCUCACUGCUGCUCUACACGCGGGCCAGAUAAAAGACAUCGCAACCUCGAGUGUAAUGGAGCUGUAUGGGUACAAAAUGACCUGCCUGGAACAACGACUGCACUCUCACUCUGUAGCGUUGCAAGGAGCAAGUGAACACAUGGCGUCUCUACAACACUCCCUAGCUAUGCUACAAGCAACGAACUCAUCACAACAAGACGUUCUAUACACAACACAGAUGCAAAACGAAAAACACAAAAAGACCAUAGAGGACCUCCACAAACAGCUGGAAGAUGCUGAAACCACAUUGCGAGGGUUCCGCGCGAAGCUUGCAGCAGAGAGACUGGACAAGGACAAUCAGAAGGAACAUCUUCAUAAAGAGUUCCGGGCCCAAAUUGCUACCAUAGAAAAUGAGAUGAAGACACGCGAGCGGGAGGCCGAAGAGAGGCUAAAACAAGCUGAAACUGAAAACAAAGCGCUGCAGAAGAAGCUAGAACAGCAGACAACCAAAAACAGCGAGCUGGCUGGCGUGCUGAUAAAGUUCGAGGAGCGCGUCAAACAGCGCGACAAGAAGUUAGAGGACGCUGCCGCCUCGGAGGCGGCUCUGAAAAGGGAGAUAGACCACAAGGAGUCGAUGAUAAAACAGCUGGAAAAGACAGUGGCAGAGCGCGAGAACCGAUUGUACCAACUGACGUCACAGCUGGAGGAAAUGAAGCGGGUGCAGGAAAUGGUCGCCAAGCUUAUGAGCAAGAGCAGUUCCUCUACGCCCGUCAGCUAGCGACACCUAGCGGUUGUCAAGGUUACUCCAAUGAACUACCUUAUUCGACGCUCCGAGAUCUCACCGACUUUCCACAUUUUUAUACACUUUUUACUCGAUUUUGUCCGCGUCGUACUAUCAUGAAAAGGGUUCAGUCCCAAAAAUUGGAAUGCAUGUAGACUUUAUAUGUAUAACUUUUAAUAUUGCGUACAUGAAUGUAUCACUAAAAUUAUGUUGUAAUGGAAUAUAGAUACGAAUUGAUAAUUGAUAUUGUAUAGGAUAUUUUUAUAGCUCGACGAAAUAAAAUAUUUUAAUGUA